CUCCGCAAAAAAGUCCGGGGGCAUCGCAUCCUCACCUUCCAGUCUUCCUCGAGCUACACCACUCCCUCCUAGCUCUGGAAAACUUCCAAGUCCCCGCGGACUGACCGAUCCAACCUCUCAACCACCCUGAAAACCACCCACUCCAACCAACCUCACAUAACUCAACACCACAAUGAACAUCCCAGGAAUGACCGGCAUAGGCGGUGCGGCCGCCGGCAUGGGAGCCGGUCUCCCAGGCGCAGCCGCAGGAACACAAGGAAUGAGCGAGCAAGAACAGGCGAUGGUAAAAGCGAUGCAAGCUGCUAUGGAAUCAUGUCCCAUAAAAACGGUUAUCUCGGGUACGAUGGGAUUCGGUCUAGGUGGUGUUUUUGGGUUGUUUAUGGCUAGUAUGUCCUACGACUCAACCUUCACCCCGCAAGGAAAAGCAAUCAUGGACCUCCCCUGGCGCGAACAAGUCCGCCGCGGCUUCAAAGACAUGGGUUCUCGGUCUUGGUCUAGCGCCAAGAACUUCGGUAUAGUGGGUGCUUUGUACUCAGGUACGGAGUGCUGUGUUGAGGGUCUGCGCGCCAAGAACGAUCUCACGAAUAGUGUUAUCUCGGGGUGUAUUACGGGGGGCAUUUUGGGUGCUAAGGCUGGUCCGCAGGCGGCUGCGGCUGGGUGUGCGGGUUUUGCGGCGUUUAGUGCGGCGAUUGAUGCUUAUAUGCGGAUGCCGGAGGGGGAUGAUUAGAUUGGAUUUGGGGUUGGAAUGGUGGUUGUGGUUGUGGUUGUAAUGGGAGGGCGUUUUUUGCUUUUUUUUUUUUUUACUGCUUGGGAUAGAGCGGGCAUUUUGUUUUGGCGUUUGUGGGUUUGUGAUGAACCACUGCUCUUGGGUUGUAUUAUAGUGUGUGGAUGUAUGGAUAGAGGUGUAUAAAUUCGACUAUCUACGCUUUUAUGGUGUUGAGUGUGUAAUGUAUGUUCUACAAGGGAGUUUGGGGUUUACUAU